GACAUGGAUCACAAACACACAAGGGACACAAAGGAUAACUAACACAAGGUGAACUGUCGCUGCCGGCUCAGGUCAGCCCGUACACGAAGGCUCCUGAGGACUCGAUGGAGAGCAGGGCGGACGCCUACAUCCAGCUGGAGCUGAGGACGCUGGAACAAGCACUCCUCGCCACCUGUGUGGGCAGCAUCGCAGAGCUCAGUGACCUCGUGUCCCGGGCAAUGCACCACAUGCAGCGUCUGCAGAGCUCCAGCGCCUUCAUCAGCCCAACCCGCUCGGCCAAUCAGCCGUCUGUAUCCUGGGCGCCCGACGCCCUCCGAACGCUCUACUACUUCCUGUCCAGCCCUCAGAUGGAGUCUUUGGAAAACCCCAACCUGGAUCCUCCGACCCUGACGCUGAGCAGAGAGAGGCCGUUCCUGCUCCUCCCUCCUCUCAUGGAGUGGAUCAGAGUCGCCGUGGUUCAUGCUGAACACCGCCGCAGCCUAUUGGUGGACAGUGAUGACGUCAGACAGACGGCAAGGUUGCUUCUGGCAGGACUGGACUGUGAGCCCCGACAGCUGAGGUCUGCGUGCUGCUUCCAGUCUCUGAAGUGUUUGGAUGCAGAAGCUGCUGCAGCAAAGUUUCACCUGGACCUGGGCUUCAGGAUGCUCUCGUGUGGCCGAGCUGAUCUGGUCCAUCAGGCCGCUCGGCUUCUGGGUCCACAGGGGGUGAACACCGUGGACGACCAGGGGAUGACUCCUCUGAUGUACGCCUCUGCAGCCGGAGAUGAAGCCCUGGUUCAGAUGCUCUUAGAGGCCGGAGCUCACCUGGACCUGCAGGUCCCGGGCUGCUCUGCCAGACACCCGUCGGUUCACCCCGGCAGUCGGCGCUGGGCGGCCCUGACCUUCGCCGUGCUGCGCAGUCACCUGUCCGUGGCUCAGCUGCUGUUGGAGGCGGGAGCGGACGUGGAGGGUGGAGCUCUGCAGGACGGAGAGGGGAGCUCGGCUGAGACGCCGCUGCAGCUCGCUGCUGCUGCAGGUCACUAUGAGAUGGUGAGCCUGCUGCUCACUCACGGAGCAGACCCUCUGCUCAGAGUGCAUCAUGGGAAUUCACUGACAUCCCCGCUGUACGAGGACUUGAACUGCUUCAGCUACGCGGCGGCACACGGACACAGAAACAUCCUGAGGAGGCUUCUGAUGCAGCCGCAGCACAGGAAGGAGGACAUCCUCUCUCUGGAGGAGAUCCUGGCUGAAGGAGUCGAGGAGGAGGGAGUGAGAACCGGAGCCCCUGACUCUCAGAGUCCGGUACCUCGGCUGUGUAAGGCCCGCAUGAAAGCUCUGCAGCAGGCGGCGUACUACAGCGCAGAGCACGGUUACCUGGAUGUGACGCUGGAGCUCAGAGAGAUGGGUGUUCCCUGGCGGCUGCACACAUGGCUGCAGAGUCUGCACAGAGCUCAGCAGCUGAGCAGAGACCAGGUCAUCGUCUCCCUCCUCUCUGAGUUCUCCUCCAUCGGGUCGGAGGACUACACCCCCGAGCUCCUCUCUGCAGGCGUCCCACUCAUGUUCAGCAUGAUGGAGACCACCAAGGAUUACGUGACAGCGAAGCGUCUGGCGUCUGUUCUCUCUCUCUGCUACAGCUGCUCUCCCGUCCCUCCGCUCCCUCCGCUGGACGUCACUCUGUCCACACAGCUGGAUAUUCAUUUCCUGAACAACAAAGAGAUGUCAGACGUGACCUUCAUGGUGGACGGGCGUCCGUUCUUCGCUCACCGGGUGCUGCUGAUGUCGGCGUCUGAACAGUUCAGACAGAUGCUCUCUGAUUCCCCCGAUGACAUCAUCCACAUCAGUCACAUGACCUACAGCACAUUCCAGACGAUGAUGAAGUCUCUGUACUGUGGAGGGACAGACGGACUGACUGUGACUCACUCUGAAGCCAUCCAGCUGCUGCCCGUGUCCUCGUUCUUCCAGCUCAGAGGUCUGCAGAGGAGCUGUGAGGUGAAGCUGUCCCAAAACCUGACUCUGGAGAACGUGGUCCACAUCUAUCAGACUGCACAGCAUCAUGGAGCCGCUGCUCUCUGCAGAUACUGUGAAGGAUUCUUCCUGCAGAACAUGGAUCAGCUCCUGGACCGGGAGGACUUCCACCGCCUGCUGCUCUGCCCCAUCAUGAAAACCCUGGAUCAGGAACAGGACCAGGACUCACCGGCCCUCCUCAGGACUUUAGAGGACACGUUAAUCCACAGACUGUGCAGCCUGCAUGCUGCAUGUCGGGAGUAAAGACAGUCACACUGUGUUAGUGUGUGUGUGUGUGUGUGUGUGUGUGUGGGAUCAGAAGCCAUAAAGUGUUUCAGGAACUUCUUAUUUUUAUUUAUUUAAUCUGACACAAGUGAAGAUUUCUGUAACCAGAGAGAGACGAAUCAAACUGAAACAGAUCGACUCAUGAUUGAAGAAGUCUCAACAGUGUGAAACAUGAAUAACUGAAUAUUAAUGUGUUUACUUUUUGAUAUAAAUGUAAUAAAUUCAGUGUAAAGGCACAUAAACAUAUGAGUUGUUAUAACUGAGAUGUCUUUUUACUGUAAAUAUCAUCUGAUUCAUGUUCAUCAAUAAUUGAAGGAGCUCUCUGGCUGCAUUAUUUUUUCACUUUGAGAUGUUUGUGUUUGUUUCUGUAAGUUAUUAUAUUUUUGUUGUUUUUCUGUGUGAUGAAAUAAAUACCUUAAAGAUAUCUUUAAAUCUAGUUAGCUUUUGAUACUAUAAUAAAGUAUUUAAUAGUUUUUUUUAUAUGUGAAUAUUUUUGAAUAAACCAGUUCUCUA